AUGAAAUUCCCCGCCAUUCUCGGCCUUCUCGCCCUCGUCGGGUGGGGCACCGCCUUGAAGUGCUUUCAUUGCAGCAGCAUCCAAGAAUGCAAAAUGAAGUCCCUUCGGGUUCGAAAGAAUUGCACAAAAGAUUCGGAAUCCUAUUGUUCAUCCACCUGGCAGAACGGCACUCUCCACAAGGCGGGCUGCUCCAACGGGAUCGUCGCGACCUCCCUGAGGGAAAAGACCUGCUAUUGCCAGUGGGACCUGUGCAACACGGCGGCCUUCACGCUCUCCCCCGCCCGCCUGUCGCUCGCGCUCCUCCUCCUCGCCUGCUGGAAAACCCUUCUUCUCUGA